AUGGCUACUUCCUCGCAUGUGUUUUCAAUGUCAUGUCGUCUCCUUUUGGUUGUCGUUCUUCUUCUUUACUUUCUUGUUGGCUCUAUCGACUCGGUUUCUUUCAAAAUCGAUCGGUUUAAAACCAAUGAAACUGAUACUCUUUACCAAGGAGAUGCUAUGCCAUCGGUUGGAGCUGUUGAAUUCAACGAUGUUGAGUAUCUUUGUCAUGUUGGUUGGGCUAUCUAUGAAGACAUUGUCCCAAUUUGGGACUCAAAAACAGGACAAGCCACUGAUUUCUCCACCCAUUUUAGCUUCAUUAUUGAUACCACAAUUGUGCAAAAUUAUGGCAAUGGAUUAGCUUUCUUUUUAGCUCCACCAGGGUUUCAAAUCCCUCCAAACUCAGCUGGUGGGUUUCUUGGCCUUUACAACACAACAAAUAGUGAUUCAACCCUCAACCAAAUUGUUCAUGUUGAAUUUGAUUCUUUCUCCAAUGAAGAAUGGGAUCCUCCAUUUGAACAUGUGGGUAUCAACGUUAACUCCAUUCAUUCUUCGAAUUCCACGCGUUGGAAUGCUAGUUUGCAUAGUGGGGAUAUGGCUGAUGUGUGGAUCUCCUACAAUUCAACCACCAAGAACUUGAGCGUGUCCUGGAAAUACCAAAAUUCUUCGUCUACUUCCUUUGAAAAUACCACCUUGAGCUACCAUAUUGAUCUUACGAAGGUUCUUCCUCAAUGGGCUACCGUGGGGUUUUCAGCUGCAACGGGCUUGAAUGUAGAGAGACACACAUUAUUCUCUUGGGAGUUCAAUUCAAGCUUGGAUUUAGAGAAAGGAAGUGAAGAUAACGGGAAUAAAGUCGAUAUAAUUGUCGGUGUAACCGUGUCGAUAGGAGUAUCAAUCAUCAUGGGAAUUGUAGCAUUUGUUGUAGUUUGGAGAUUGAAACAAAAGAAACGAAAAUUAGAAGAAGAAAAUGGGAACGAGGUGAACUUGACAUCGAUUAACGAUGAUUUGGAGAGAGGAGCUGGACCGAGGCGGUUUUCUCGCAAGCUUCUCGCCAUGGCUACCAACAAUUUCUCGAACGAAAGGAAGUUGGGUGAGGGAGGGUUUGGUGCAGUGUAUAGAGGAUAUAUUCCUGAUCUUGGUUUGACGAUCGCGGUGAAGAAGAUCUCGAGGGGUUCGAGACAGGGACGAAAAGAAUACAUAACGGAGGUGAAGAUCAUUAGUAGGCUUCGCCAUCGAAAUUUAGUGCAACUUAUUGGUUGGUGUCAUGAUAAAGGUGAGUUCUUGUUAGUUUAUGAGUUCAUGCAUAAUGGUAGCCUUGAUUCUCACCUCUUUGGAAGGAAAAGCCCUCUUGUAUGGGGUGUGAGGUAUAAAAUUGCAUUGGGUUUAGCCUCCGCGUUGCUAUAUCUUCAUGAAGAAUGGGAGCAAUGCGUAGUUCAUAGAGAUAUUAAGUCGAGCAAUGUCAUGUUGGAUUCGAACUUCAAUGUUAAGCUUGGAGAUUUCGGGUUGGCUCGAUUGAUGGACCAUGAGAUGGGUGCGCAGACUACGGGAUUGGUAGGGACUUUGGGGUACUUGGCUCCGGAAUACAUAAGCACGGGUCGAGCGAGUAAAGAAUCAGAUGUGUUUAGUUUUGGGGUCGUUGCUUUGGAGAUAGCAACGGGAAGGAUGUCGAGGAACGCCAUGGAAACGGGUUCUCAUAAGGGUUUGGUGGAAUGGGUUUGGGAUCUUUAUGGGAAUGGAAAGGUUCUUAUGGGUGUGGAUGAGAAAUUGCAAAGUGAUUACGAUAGAAAACAAAUGGAGUGUUUGAUGAUUGUUGGGCUUUGGAGUGCUUAUCCGGACCCUAAUCUUAGACCUUCAAUACGACAAGUGAUUCAAGCUCUUAACUUUGAGACGACAAUGCCAAGUCUUCCAGAUAAAAUGCCAGUUGCUGUGUAUUAUGCUCCUUCCACAUCGAUGAGCUCAAAUGAGCCUCCAAUUACAUCGAGUCUUGACAUGGGUCGUUGAACAACGAUGAUUCCAUUGUAGUUGGAUUCUAGUAUAUUAUUGUCCUUGU